AUGGAGUCAGUGAAGACGAGAGCCGCGGCCGGGGUGAAGGAAUUUGCGGGGAAGACCCUGGGUCAUAUGCACAGACUGAUAGAGAGGAAACAGAAAACCGGGGAGGUGAUCGAGCUGACGGAGGAUGGGCGGCCCCGGGAGGCUGUGGAGAAGAAACCCCCGUUGUGCGACUGCAACUGCUUCGGCCUGCCCCGCCGGUACAUCAUCGCCAUCAUGAGUGGCCUGGGCUUCUGCAUCUCCUUCGGUAUCCGGUGUAACCUGGGCGUGGCCAUAGUGGGCAUGGUCAACAACAGCACCAUCCACCAGAACGGCAAGAUCAUCAUCAAAGAGAAAGCCAAGUUCAACUGGGAUCCAGAGACGGUGGGACUUAUUCACGGAUCUUUUUUUUGGGGCUACAUCGUUACACAAAUCCCGGGAGGAUACAUAUGCUCCAGGCUGGCAGCAAACAGGGUAUUUGGUGCGGCCAUUGUGCUAACCUCGAUUCUCAACAUGUUGAUUCCCUCGGCUGCCCGAGUCCACUUUGGGUGUGUCAUCUUUGUCAGGAUAUUACAGGGGCUGGUGGAGGGAGUGACCUACCCGGCCUGUCAUGGCAUCUGGAGUAAGUGGGCUCCUCCGCUGGAAAGGAGUCGUCUGGCCACCCUCUCAUUCUGUGGCUCUUAUGCUGGUGCUGUGAUAGCGAUGCCUCUGGCUGGGAUCCUGGUCCAGUACUCAGGCUGGUCCUCUGUGUUCUAUAUCUAUGGAUGCUUUGGCAUGUUUUGGUACAUGUUCUGGAUCCUUGUGUCUUAUGAGAGCCCCGCUGUACAUCCUACCAUCACUGAUGAGGAACGCUGCUACAUUGAGGAGAGCAUUGGAGAGAGUGCCAAGCUAUCGGGUCCUUCCGAGAAAUUCAAGACCCCUUGGAGGAAGUUUUUUACUUCUAUGCCUGUCUAUGCAAUCAUCGUGGCCAACUUCUGCAGGAGCUGGACGUUUUACCUACUACUGAUUAGCCAGCCUGCAUACUUUGAGGAAGUCUUUGGCUUUGAGAUAAGCAAGGUCGGUAUGCUGUCUGCCCUGCCACAUUUGGUGAUGACCAUCAUUGUGCCCAUCGGGGGCCAGCUGGCUGACUACCUACGCAGCAGAAACAUCAUGUCGACUACCACUGUCAGGAAAAUCAUGAACUGUGGAGGAUUUGGCAUGGAGGCCACAUUGCUGCUGGUGGUAGGAUAUUCCCACAGCAAAGGGGUGGCCAUUUCCUUCCUGGUGCUGGCAGUGGGCUUCAGUGGAUUUGCUAUAUCAGGCUUUAAUGUCAAUCACCUGGACAUCGCUCCACGCUACGCCAGUAUCCUAAUGGGCAUCUCUAAUGGUGUGGGUACCCUGUCUGGAAUGGUGUGCCCAAUAAUUGUUGGUACUAUGACAAAGAACAAGACUCGAGAGGAGUGGCAGUAUGUGUUCCUGAUUGCCGCCAUGGUGCAUUAUGGAGGAGUAAUCUUCUAUGGAAUCUUUGCAUCGGGAGAAAAACAGCCGUGGGCCGACCCAGAACUGACCAGCGAGGAGAAGUGUGGCUUCAUAGACGAGGACGAGCUGGCAGAAGAGACGGGCGAUAUCACUCAAAGUUACGGUGCAUUUGGAGGUCCGGCUAAGUCCUACGGUGCAACCACACAGGUGAAUGGAGGCUGGGCUUCAGGUUGGGAGAAAACGGAGGAGUACGUCCAGGAGGAAGCACAGACAGGAGGCUAUGGAUACAAGAAGGAUGAGGGAUACUCCUAGACCAAAUACCCAUUCGCUGACACAUGAGUAGACUUAUUUUCCUGAGUGUGCAUCAGUUUAGUCAUAAAAAUAUCAACAAAUGAGAAACAAGAAAACCUACAAUCUAGUGUUGUAUUGUUUGCACAAAUUCUAAAAAAGUAUCAACUAAACAUUUUUAAAAUGUGUCAAGAAAUCAAAGAUAUUCGAUUAAUAGAGGUGUAACACAUAUCAAAUUGGCAGCCUGUACAUGUAUUAUUAUGCAUAUUGUUAUUUGGAGUGCAGUUGUGUCUAAAUGUGAAUAUUUUUAUCCCAUCAGCCAAGGCUUUCUGACCACACUGAAGCCUGUAGGGUUCCAUAGAAGCUGUCCAUCAGAACCAACCCCUUAUUUAUGAAAUUAACUGUUACAAUACAAGGUCCUACAAGCCAGCCAUUACAGUGCUUAGAUAUGUCACUGCACAUUGUUGUAAACAGAAACUAGACACUAUGUUGAAAUAGAUUGAACUGUAUCGCUCCUGAAUGCACUCAGAGUAGUGUGUCCUUUUAAUGCACAAUAUGAUGUGUGUGUGUGUGUGUGUGUGUGUGUGUGUGUGUGUGUGUGUGUGUAAAAGUCCUUAACAUGUAAGUGACCUGGUGUAGAGAUAUGAAUGUCAUGUAAUGACUUGUGACGGACGUUUGGUUACACUUGCAUAAGGUAAAACAAAUGCCGUCCAAUGUUUGCUAUAUGUGAUCCAUUUUGUACCUCUGCAGCUGAGCGUUUGAUUUUAGCAAUUUCAACCCGUCACAUCUCAGCAGUGUAGUGCAGGAGUAAAGCCAUUCUCAUCAUUAUACUCACCAUUACUGUCAAAAGUCUACUGUAGCUGUACCAAUGCAUUGUUAAAUGAUUCAUCUUAAAUAAAACAUAUAUGACAGAGAUAACUAGAAAGUAAAGAUGUAUAAGAGUUUAUAGAUUCAAUUUAGACCAAGAGAUGCACGGUCAUACGACCUUAUGAAGGGUUUGUGCAAUGCAAAGACUUUGGGAACGUACAGAUUAGCCAAAAUCAGUAUGAGAGUCUUACCAUAUUAGAGCAGCAAAUCUAAUAAUGUUAAAUGAGAAGAGGAGAAAAAAUAUUUAAAAUAACGUGAAGGAUAUUUACAUGAUCAAAUGGAUGAGAUAGUAAUUCUUAAUGUUAAAGCCCCUGAAAACUAAGUAUUUCUCAAAAACAUCAACUAUUUAUGAAUAAGCAACAAUUACAGGAAAAAAAAAGAAAUCUGUCAUAUGAAAUAAUUAAAACUGUUCUAACUUCAGCAGAAAUGUAAGUGUUAAUGUAAGAUCACAUUGUUAAAAGUGAGAUGCUGAUUGAGAAAAUGUGUUUUCAGGGCCUUUAAGGGAGAAGAGUUUAAAAUGUCAAAAGACAUAGAAGUUGAAGUAAACAUUCCACAACAAUUAUUUGAAUGUUUACAUAAAUCUAUACUUUGCAUAAAGUUCACCAAAACAGGAUAUUUCUAUUCGCAAUUAUUGAAAAGCAGGAUGGGCAAUUGUGCAAUUUGGACAAACUGCCAUUUGUCCAUUUCCAUCACAAGUAAGAUGGAAGUAAGAUGAGACAGUUUAUGAUUUGAUGUAUAAUGUAAUGG